CGCCUGCCAUCCGCACGCCCGACUCGCCGAAAACAUAUACAUAUCGUACGUACGCGCACACCGUCGUCGACAACUCGUACCGAACCGCGUCAUUUGUGCCGCACAACGACUACGGUACGUCACAGUUUCGUUCACCGCCGUCCCGUUGUAACAACAGAGCUCCACCGCCUCAGAGAAAAUGGCCGGUGGUAAAGCGGGUAAAGACUCCGGUAAAUCAAAGGCCAAAGCUGUGUCCAGGUCCGCCAGGGCAGGUUUACAGUUCCCAGUGGGAAGAAUUCAUCGUCACUUAAAAAAUCGUACAACAAGUCAUGGACGUGUUGGAGCUACAGCUGCUGUUUACAGUGCUGCUAUUUUAGAAUAUCUGACUGCUGAAGUACUCGAAUUGGCUGGCAAUGCGUCAAAGGAUUUAAAAGUGAAGCGUAUCACGCCACGUCAUUUGCAACUUGCCAUCAGAGGAGACGAAGAAUUAGACACACUUAUCAGAGCUACAAUUGCAGGAGGAGGUGUUAUUCCUCAUAUCCACAAAUCCCUCAUUGGCAAAAAGGGAUCUCAAAAACCACAGUAAAAUUCCACCUGCCAUACAAGACUAAUUAAAUGUAAAACAUUUAUUUGUAAUUCGUAAGCUAUGUAAUUUGAUUUUAUUCAUUUACCAUUUGUUCUUUGCCUUAUUUCAAUAAUAAGUUAAGUUUUAUACCUCGUAUAUUACAAAAUGAUUCCAUUUGCUCUUUUGUGCAAGUGUUGGAGGUAUAAAACUUCUUACGGCAAAGACUAAUUAUAUUAAGACAAAGUAAACUUCGACUUUUUUUUGUAAUAAUAAUUUUUUUCACUCAAGUUAUAUAAAUCGGAAAUUGUUUUUGAUUAUGUUUUUAA